AUGAUCUGCAGGUAUGAGAUGGGAAAGAAGGAGUUCACGGACGGUUUCGGCUUGUGUUCUCCGGGCCGAUGGGCACCGGAGGCCAGGGAGGUACUGGCGACACCGGAGGAGGCAGCGCAUGCUAAGGCGAUCCGCGAAAUCUUGAAAGAAUUUGUGUGUGAGGAGAUUGGGGACUUGAGAGCCGAAGCUUUCAAGUUGGCGACGGGCAAGCUGAAAGAGUCCCCCUUUAGCGCCGAGGCGAUGGCACGCUUGAAGAAGAAGGUGGCGGGCACCGUCGGGAAUGCUCCGGACGCUUUCGAGGUGUUCCGGGCAAGGGAGAAGUUUCGCAAGCUUGACGAAUCUGAGUUUGAACCACAGAUGGAAAACUAUAC